CACUCGCCUCAGAGUAGUGGAAACAGUGGGCUGCUUUGAUUCAUGCUGCUGUGGAGCCUCAUUUGGGGAUUUUGGGAACAAUUAAUGCGGCUGGAACAGAGCGUAUGAAGGAUGAGAAGAUGAAUGCGGAGGCUCUAAGCAGGGCAGAGCUGCUGACUCUCCUCAGUAUCUUGGAGGGUGAGCUGGAGGCCCAGGAUGUGGUGAUACAUGCACUCAGGGCUGAGCACAGAGAUUCCUUCGUCCAGGAGCGAUACGGCCAGUAUGACCUCAGCGAUCCGUUCCUUGCCCUGCAGCGGGACAGCGAGUCCGAGGAUCGUCAAAACACAAUCUCCCAGACUCACACACACCUGCAGGGCCGCGCCGUGGGCCCAAACCCGCUGGCUGUGCUUAAACUGGUCAUGGCUCACUGCAAGAGGAUGCAGGAGAGGAUGAUGGGACAGUUGGCUGCUGCUGAGAGCAGACACAGGAGGAUGAUUGCUGAUCUGGAGGAGGAGAAAAGACGACAUGCUCUGGACUCUGCACACAGCGAUGACUUCACCUUCAUGCUUCAGACAGAAAGAGACAAGCUGCUGCAACAGUUGGAAGCGGAGCGUGCAACAGUGAGGAGGUUGGAGAAAGAGCAAGCACAGGCAGUGAGCCAGACGGAGGAGUCACUCUCCCAGCAGCAGCAGCUCUCCUCCUCCCUCACCCUGGAGCUCCAGACGACCAAAAGCCAGGCUCAGGAGGAGGCCCAGAAGGUUGCACAGCUUCACACCUUGCUCCAAGAAGAGACCAGCGCCCUGGAGAAGCUCCAGGGGGUUCUUGAAGAAGAGAGGUGUCGAGCGACCCAGCUAGAGGCCAGGUCUGAGAGGCAGCUGGAUGAGUUUGACACAGAACGAGAGCAGAUGAAGGCAAGGAUCAUCAAAGAGGAGGAAAGGAGCAGGGAGCUUGAGAAGCAGCUGGAGGGGCUGAGAAAGAGGUUGGCUGAGACUGGAGGAUGUAAGGAAGAGUUAAAGGAGGUUGUGGAAGAGGUGAAAGAGUCAGUUUCCAAGGUAAUGGCAGUGUCUACUUCUGUUCAGACCGAGCCAGAUGGAAAGAUAGCUCCUAAAUCUACAUCAGUGUCAAAGGUCAAUGGCUAUCAUCUGCAUAGAGAGACAGAGCCAGCACAGGAGGGCAGAGGGGCAGAAAAUGGAGCAGUUUUAGAGAAUGGGGGAGGAGUGCAUUCACAUUCCCCUCUUCACCAUCACCCUCAUCCUCCCUCUCCCUCCAGCACAGCGUCCUCUUCCCUCUCCUCUUCCCCUAUCUCCUCCCCUGUCCUUGCCAAGCGUCUGGGCAGCCCCGGCUUCCAUCAAUCCUCCUACCAGGCCGGAGUCAACCAGCGUUUCCAUGCCGCCAGACACAAGUUCCAAAGCCAAUCGGAGCUGGAGCAGCAGCUGCACGGUGGCCCCCUCUCCCCUAGGGACCUCUCCCCCACCACCACCAGCGCCGCCUCUGCCUCUUCAUCCAUCCUGCCCCCAGCAGAGCACAGCACAGCCAAGCAGCUGGCCCGCAACACUGUCACUCAGGUGCUGUCCCGCUUUACCAGCCAGCAGGCGGGCGUUAAACUGGCCCCCAUCAGCAGCUCUCCAUUUGGCACAGACUACCGUAAUGUAGCAACUCCUCCAGGAGGAAGGUCACCGUCUUCGGGGCCUUUAUCUCCAGGCAUCCGAUCCCCUCUCACUCCUCGCUCUGAGAAAACCCAUCCUCCUCCGAUCCCGCCCAAAAAGCCAGGUAUGAGUCCCACUCCAGGAUCUCCGAGUCACUCCUCUCGGACCAGCCUCUUCCCAGAACUGACGGGGAACUGUGGACACAGCAACGCCGGGCAGGAGGGAAACAAGGAGCCGGACCUGCUUUUAUCUUCUAGCAGCUAACAGCCAGAUCAUACGCACUAACUCCUAAGAUGUGUCCGGCUUCAAUCAACAGUUACUGUUAUAUUCAUCUGUACCAGCCUUCAAAGCCACUUCAUAAGGCUUAGCAUCAGUAGUCUGCACUUCAAAGCUGGAAGGGUUCAAAGCAGUGCAACUAAGAGUUUGUUGCACCCCAGCUUUACUGCAAAAGAUAAUUGGAAAUAUUUAAAACAACAUAAAUUAAAUUACAGUUAUUCAAAAUAUGGUUAAAUAUGCCUCUAACAUUCCUGUUUUUAUUACUUUUGUAUGAAUUCUUUUAUAAAUUUGAGGUUUUAGAAAGAAAAUAUUUAUGUUACUUUGUACUUAACACUGUAUUAAGGACAGUAGAAAACAGGCUAAGCUUGAUGCAAGAGGCGGUAUUGUUAUUUUCCAAAUGUGUGUUUGAACUAUGAAAUAAGACUUGAGAUAGAAACACUGACUGUAUAUUGAUAUGGACAGCACGCCUCUAUCUCCUCCUAAUGUAAGAUGCAAGUCAAAAUACUAGUGAUGGGCAAAUGAAGCUUCGUGAACCACUAGUUGUAUUUUUUGACUCCUCUAGAUGGCACUCUGGGUUUAAAAAUAAAGGCUCAAUGAAUGGCAAUUCAGUGUGCUUUGAACCCUUUGUUGAACAGAGAGCGCCAUCUAGAGGGCUCAACAAACACAUGAAAAGGUUCAUGAUGCUUCAUUAGCCCAUCACUACAAAACACCACCUCAGUUGGCACCGACAUAAUGCGCUAGUGGAGCUGCGGGACUAAUAUGGCCAACCAAUACAUACAUUUAACUUAUGGAUAAAAUGUGGAGCGUUCCUCAGGUUGGUACAGUCCAUUGCAGGACAGGUUGUGUUGGUUUGAAGUGGACACUCACUGUUAUGUAAAGUUCAAUAACUCUUUUAUCAGUGUUUGUAUGUUCUUCAGCCUCUUCCUCAACUACUCUGCUGAUUUGUUAAAGAAAGAGCCUGCUUUUGUAAACAGAGCUGUUAGUCAAUAUUUUUUUUGACUCUUGCACAUAAAUUAGUAUGAUAGGAAGUAAAUAUAACGACAGAAAGCCUGUCUGAGAACAAUUAAUUUGACCCGUCUUUUAAUUUUCAAGCUUGACCCAUGCUCCAUAUGAUAUAGUGGAGGAGGCAGGGUUUAAAGCUGGGGUUGGUAGUCAGAUUUAGAUACACUUUUUGUUAUACUGGUUAAAAUGAUCUUUUUGUCCUGAUGGCAAUCAAUACAUAAUGUGUUCUUAAAAAAGAGCGGGAAAAAAAGGUGCUAUCUACAGGCAGAGUAAACCUGGGAAAACACCAACCAAUCCCUGCCAUCAGUAUCCAAUUUAUGAAACCAAUCAAAUCCUGUCCUGCCGUUCUGCCCGCCUCCUGCGCAUACAUUUAAUGUUUGUUUGUGUUUUUAACUUUAACUAUGAUAAUGUUUUGGUGUUUCCUUACUGCUGAGUGAGACAUGAGUUGACGUAGUGCAAAACACAAACGGUGUGCUGAGGACCGGUUUUGAAUCAGUCACGAUCAUAUGGUCGCGAAGCAGCGGCGCUCGUGCAUGUGAGCGGGGGCGUCGUCUUGGAGGAGCUCCGAGGGGAGGUGGGGAGGGGUUAGACGGAGUGCUGAGGAAAUGCUACAUUCAAAUUCAUGCUAGUUUUCCGUGACUACCAACCCUAGCUUUAAGACCUGUCAGUCACUGGAGGGAGCAGCAGAGGUUUUGGCUUCACUUGAGAUAGCUGUUGUUCUGUCCAUAGUUUUAUACAGUGCUGAAAGCUGAAGAUCAAGUUGAAGGGCAAACAAAUAUGAAAGUAAAGCAAAUAUGUAGCUUUCAUCAUUUCACAAAACAUAGUGGGUUGUCUUUAAAUGUUUUCCACUUUUUCCAAAAACAUCUUAUUGAGAUGGACAACAAUAUUAUACUGUAAAUAGUUUAUACGGAAUUAGAAGUCGCUUCUCUAUGAAUGAAUGACACGUGCAUGUGCUGUUUUUUACUAUCUUUGUCAAGAAAACACUGAAUCUUUUCUUAAAAAGGGACACUUUAUACUACUAUACUGUAAGACGCUAUACUGUAUAUCUACAAUUUGUUACUUUUGUUCAGGGAAAGUUCAUUCCUGCUUCACCCAAAACUUGAGGGUCAAUGUGACCCUUUGGGAUAUUCCAUCAGUGAACAUAAACAGGGACUAAAGGUGUUAAUCUGCUACUGUAGCUGUUGUCUCAAUAGUGUUUAAUCAUUUUAAUUUGUUUGUUCUUUUGGCUUUAAAAAAAAGACUUGAUUUAAGUUUAUUUUAGCCGAUUUAUAUCUGUAGAUUCAUACACUGUCUGUGAGGGGCAAUGUCCCUCAGCUGUCUCUAGUAAAUAUGCAUAUCAUGAACCCCUGCACCGCGUAGUGCUGUUUCAAAUAAAUUGCCCAUGCCUUAAA